AUGGCCCGUCCCAGCCCAUAUCCACGGCCACAGGCUCCCAGCAUUGGCUUCAAGAACUCUACGGGCCCUGCCCAUGUUCAGUUCUCUCCAUUGCCUGCCGCUGUCCAUCGAAAUGCAAUGCUUAAUUGUCCACGGGCGACAUAUCGGGCACAGGCUCUCCCAAAAACGCAAAGCCCAGAGUGGACAGGAGCUAUGUCCGGCCAUUCUACCGCAGUGUCCGCCACCCAGCACCGCCCAGGCCAAUGCAGGACAAAAAGGGCGCGGGGAAGCGUGAAUCGAGCGCAACAGCUUCAGGAAGAAAACGAGCGGCUUAUAAUCCAACACGACCAAGACAAGGUCGAGAUUCGGCAGCUACGUGAACAACUGAUGCUGCAGGAGGAAUCCCAUCAACGUUAUAAAGAGAGCAUGCAAAACUUUUUGCAAAACCGUUACGUCAAGGGUUCUUCUGUUGUCAAAUCAGCCAAUAUUACACAAUCAGGUACACGUGCCGGAGGCAUUCCAUAG